AAUCUCUCAACGUCGUGGACAUGGCCGGUUGGCGUCUUUGCUCUAUAAGAGUAGCGACAAGGCUGUGAUUCUUCUGCUCUGUUAUGGCCGAUUGGAGCAUGGAACCAGCUGCAGUAUGGGUCCCUAGCGAAUUUCAGCUGGCCAAUUGGACCAUGGAACCAGCGGUAUGGUCUCCUGACCUCCCUGCUGAUCAGAUAUUUGGUAGCUGGCUGCAAACAUCUGUCGCUAGCUCUAGCGGAGAGCAGCUGGUCGAGUAUGCAGCAGCCACACAGAAUAAUGAUCCGAUUCAUGUGUUCGAGGAAGCAGCGCACGAGUUCGAGACUGAUAUCAACAUGAUGAAAAUGAAGAUGCAUACGUACCCUGCAAGCUUCCGAGCUCUCGGUGAACAGUAUACCGCCCCGACGAUGGUGGCCAUCGGCCCUUACCACCACGGCCGGGAUCGCCUGAAGCAGGCGGAGACGGCGAAGCAUGUGGCUGCCUACCACUGCAUCAGGGAGUCAGGCCACUCAGUCCAGGAGAUGUACGAUGCGGUCGUCUCGGUCGCGCACUACGCCCGCAGCCUCUACGACCAGGCCGCGGUGGCCGGUAUCGGCGACGACGACUUUCUACCGAUGAUGUUCUACGACGCUUGCUUCUUGGUGCAGUACAUGCUUACGUGUACUCCCACCGGAUUUGCCGAGAUGGAUCCGGCAUUGCGCAGCUUCCUAGACUCCAACGACAACGACAUCUACCAUGACAUCAUGCUGCUUGAGAACCAGCUCCCAUGGCGGGUGGUCGAGGCCGUCAUGAGGUUCAGGCCCGUGCCUCUGGAGGGCUUCAUUACUUGCUUGAAAGGCUGUCUGCAAGACCGAAAGGUUCCCGAAGAAGAGCCUUUUGUCUUGGAUGAAAGCUACGAACCACCGCAUCUCCUUGGCCUCCUCCGGUUCUACAUUGUAGGAAGAAGAAGCAACACCAAGCUGCCCACCCCACCCGAAACCGACUCAGUAUCAGUUUCUGGAAUAAGCAACACCAAGCGGCCCCCCCAGCCCCAAACCGAGUCGAUAUCAUUUUCUGUUAGUGCCAUCGAGCUUGCCGAAAUCGGCAUCACGCUCGCAGCCAACAACAAAACAACAGAGCUCAUCCACAUGGGCGUCAAGAAGAAAGGGCCCAUCUUCGCCGAGCUCUCCCUGGCGCCGCUGACCCUGGACGAUGCACGUGCAAGCUACCUCGUCAACAUGGCGGCUCUCGAGCUAUGCACGAUCCCACAUUUCCAAGACGCUGAAGACGAAGAGUCUGCUGUCUGCUCGUACCUCCUCCUCCUCGACAUGUUCGUGGAUAGGGAGAACGACGUGCAUGAACUGCGAACAAAGCAUCUCCUGCAAGGAGGAGGAGGGCUCACCAACAAGGAGGCGCUCGACUUCUUCGCGAGCCUUCCGGGCCUGCGCCUCGGAUCCUGCUAUGUCCGCAUCAUGGAAGAGAUUGAGAAGUACAGGGUGAAGAGGCGGAUGUGGAUCACGGUGCACGCGUUUCUUUACAAGAACAUAAGAACCAUCGUCAUGGCCAUCUCCGCCAUUGGUGCACUUGUCGCUAUCUUUGGGACGCUCAGGUCUCUCAAGGUCCAUGUCCAUUGAUCUACGAUUCUGUGAGAUGUUUUACGUUUUAAGUGUUUAAUUUCCUUUGUAAUCAAAAUUCCCUGUAUCUGAAUGCCAUUUGCAGUAAAAUGUUGGCUCCAUGUUAAUCUUCUGAUUCUCUAGUUUGUUGUAACAGUGUUAUAUA